CUCUAUCAAUCAAUCCACCAAAAUAACCUAAAUAAAACAAGCAUAGAAUCGUGACCGUCAAUAGAAAAAAUCUCACCCAUCAACUUCCCACGUACUCUGAAAAACCACCCAAAAUCCGCCCUUUCCUUCACCACUUACUUUCUCUCUCUUCCUCCAAACCCUUCACCAGUUCACCCCAAACCCUUAUCUCUCUCCACCCCACUUUCUCUCUCCUAAAUCCAUAAUCCCCCUUUUUCACAAAAACCCCAUCAAUUUAUUUCCAGGGAAAAGAGAUUAGUGGGGAGCAAAUCUCUAAAGGGUAUUCAUUUAAAUCAAUGGAUUCAGAUCAAGGGAAGUUGUUUGUUGGUGGGAUUUCAUGGGAAACCACUGAAGAAAAGCUCAAAGAUUAUUUUGGACAAUAUGGUGAUGUUUAUCAGGUUAAUAUUAUGAGAGAUAAAGCUACUGGUAGACCUAGAGGUUUUGGGUUUGUUCUCUUUUCAGAUCCUUCUGUUCUCGAUCGUGUUCUUCAGGAUAAACAUACCAUUGAUGGUAGACCUGUUGAGGCGAAACGAGCUAUGUCGAGAGAGGAGCAACAGAGCUCUGGUAGAACCGGAAACAACAAUGGUGGUAGAAGCGGAGGUGGUGGAGGAAACUUCAGAACCAAGAAGAUUUUUGUUGGGGGGUUGCCUCCUACUUUGACUGACGAUGGUUUUCGACAGUAUUUUGAGAACUAUGGCCAAGUAACUGAUGUAGUUAUAAUGUAUGACCAGAAUACAGAGAGACCCCGAGGUUUUGGAUUCAUUUCUUUUGACAAUGAGGAUGCUGUAGAUAGAGUUUUGCAGAAUACCUUCCAUGACUUAAAUGGUAAGCAAGUUGAGGUGAAGCGUGCUCUACCCAAGGAUGCCAACCCUGGUAUGGGUGGUCGUGGUGGCGGUGGAGGUUAUAAUUCUAGUGGCGGCCAAAAUGCAUAUGGUGGCAGAAUGGAUUCUAAUAGUUUUAUGCAAUCUCAGAGUGCAGGAGGUGCGUUUCCAGGUUAUGGUUCUUCUGGUUAUGGUGCAGCUGGUUAUGGAUAUGGUCCUGCCAAUACUGGCAUGGGCUAUGGUGGGUAUGCCGGAUACGGAGGUGCAAAUCCUGGCUAUGGUGGCCCUGCCAGUGCUGCAGCUUAUGGAAACCCCAAUGCCAAUGCACAAAGAAGUUCAUGGAAUGCUGCGCAGGCAGCCUCUGGUUACGGUGCAGCUGGCUAUGGAAGUGCAGGUCCUUGGGCCGCUGGUGCUGGAAGUGGUGGACCAACUGGUCAAUCUCCAAGUGGAGCCUCUGGGUAUGGAAACCAAGGCUAUGGAUAUGGUAAUUAUGGUGGAAGCGAUGGAUAUGGUAGCGUAGGUAAUCGUGCUGGAGGUGCCCCUGGUAGCAAUGCUGCUGGUGGUGGCGGAGAGAUGCAAGGGGGCUAUGGUGAUGCCAAUGGUCAUGGAGGAUAUGGGGCUGGAGGUUAUGGAGCUCAGGCAAAUGGACCUCAUGGUGCUCAAAUGGGAUAUGGCGGUGGAUAUGGUGGGGCUAGACAAGCGCAGUAGUCAUAGUUCUGCUUCAACUGAUUCAUCAUGGACCAUAGAAGUUUGACCUUCGGAGUUGCUGGGGGAUAGCCUAUUUCGAUCUCAAGCAUACUGUUGGACUGGUUGGCUUGCUUUAUUCCCAGUAGUUAUCUUGCUAGCGUUUAAUAAUAAUUUUGUUUUUUUUUUGGAGUACUAGUUGCUUCUUUUUACUAUUGUUUUUGUUUGAGUUUAGUUUGGUAUCUGGCGUGCUGUUUGAUGUUUAUUUGCUGUUACCGCUGCUCUAUUAGACUUUUACUGCACUAGUGAUUAAGCUGUAUAAGCUUAUAUUGAAUCCGUUUAUUUGGUUGGUAUAUUUUUAGCACUGUAUCGAUUUGCUUGUUU